AUGUUGCGUCUAUCUAAGGCCGUUCGUUAUUCGAGGGCCUCGCAAAACCUCCGUCUUUCAAAUAUUGGCUCUCUUCGCCCUUUUGCCUCUCAAGCACCUACCGACACUUUUCUUACUGGAAGUGCUGCUGAUUAUGUUGAUGAAAUGUACGAAGCCUGGAAAAAGGACCCCAACAGUGUUCAUGUUUCUUGGCAAGCAUAUUUCAAAAACGUAAAGUCUGGCAAAUCGAAUCCAUCUAAUGCUUUUCAACCUGCUCCUUUAUUAGAUUACUUGGGCGACUACAAUGAUGUCGAUUCCGCUUUGGCAAACAACAAAACUAUCGGCGACGUCGAUGUCAGCGUCUAUAUGAAAGUUCAGCUUUUGGUCCGUGCUUAUCAAACCAGAGGCCAUCAUGUUUCCAGAAUUGAUCCUUUGGGUAUCAACGUAAAUACAAGACGCCCUUCUGAACUUACAUUAGAUCACUAUGGGUUUACCGAAGCCGAUUUGGAUCGAGAGAUCCGUCUUGGUCCUGGUAUUCUCCCCAACUUCCGCGAUGCUGGCUAUGAGACUAUGAAGCUUCGUGGCAUCGUUGAAGCUUGUGAACGUAUUUAUUGUGGUAGUUUUGCUGUUGAAUAUACUCAUAUUUCUUCUCGCACUAGAUCAAACUGGAUCCAAGCUCAUGUGGAAACACCAACUCCUUUCAAAUAUGACCAUAAUGAAAAAAUGAUGAUUUACGAUCGUUUAAAUUGGGCUCACAGCUUUGAACGCUUCCUUUCCACAAAAUUCCCCAAUGACAAGCGUUUCGGUUUGGAAGGUUGUGAAUCUAUGGUUCCCGGUAUGAAAGCAUUAAUUGAUCGCUCCGUGGAACACGGUGUUAGCAAUGUCGUAAUUGGUAUGGCUCACAGAGGUCGUCUUAAUGUUCUCCACAAUGUCGUUCGUAAACCAGCCCAGGCUAUUUUCUCUGAAUUCCGCGGUACCCAAGACCCUGAAGAUGAGGGUUCCGGUGAUGUUAAAUACCACCUUGGUAUGAACUAUCAACGUCCUACUCCUUCUGGUAAGCGAGUUACUCUCUCUUUAGUUGCAAAUCCUUCUCAUUUAGAAGCUGAGGAUCCUGUCGUGCUCGGAAAGGUACGUGCCAUUCAACAUUAUACAAGUGAUGAAGCUUCCCACGAUCAAUCUAUGGGUGUCUUGCUUCACGGUGAUGCUGCCUUUGCUGCUCAAGGUAUUGUCUAUGAAACUCUAGGAUUACAUUCUUUGCCUGGUUAUAGCGUUGGUGGUACCAUCCAUAUUGUUAUCAACAACCAGAUUGGAUUUACUACUGACCCACGCUUUGCUCGCUCCACUCCUUAUUGUACCGAUAUCGCUAAGACUAUGGAAGCUCCCAUUUUCCAUGUCAAUGGUGAUGAUGUCGAGGCUACUACAUUUAUUUGUCAAUUGGCUGCUGAAUGGCGUAAAACCUUCAAAACAGACGUUGUGAUCGAUAUCGUUUGCUACCGCAGACACGGUCAUAAUGAAACUGAUCAGCCAUCUUUUACUCAACCCCGCAUGUAUCAAACAAUUGCUGAGCAUGAACCUACUUUCGAAAAGUACACCGAAAAACUUUUGACUGAAAAGAGUAUUAGUCCAGAAGAAGUCGAUGCUCAAAAGAAGCGCAUUUGGGGAAUUUUAGAAAGCUCUUUUGAAAGCAGCAAGGACUACAAACAGGACCAGAGCGAAUGGUUGUCUAAUCCUUGGGUUGGCUUUGCCUCCCAUAAAGACUUGCAGAACAAGAUUUUGCCAUCUUACCCCACUGGUGUUGACAUUUCGACUUUACAAAAACUUGGCAAAUCUCUUUAUGAAAUGCCUGAAGGAUUUGAGGCUCAUCGCAACUUAAAGCGUAUUCUGAACAAUCGUAUGAAGGCUGUAACUACCGGAAAGCAGAUUGAUAUGCCCACCGCUGAAACUUUGGCCUUUGCUACUCUCCUUGAGGAAGGCCAUCACGUUCGUGUCAGUGGUCAAGAUGUUGAGCGUGGUACAUUCUCUCAGAGACAUUCCGUUUUGCACGACCAAAAGUCUGAAAACGUAUACAUUCCUCUCAAUCAUUUGAGCGAUGGUCAAGCCAGUUUCGUUAUUCGUAACUCCUCUCUAUCUGAGUAUGGCGUUCUAGGCUUUGAAUAUGGUUAUUCCUUAUCUUCUCCUAAUGCAUUGGUUGUAUGGGAAGCUCAGUUCGGUGAUUUCGCCAAUAAUGCACAAUGUAUUAUUGAUCAGUUUAUUGCUGCUGGUGAACUUAAAUGGUUACAACGCAGCGGUAUCGUACUUUCUUUGCCUCAUGGAUAUGAUGGUCAAGGUCCUGAACAUUCAUCUGCUCGUAUGGAAAGAUAUUUGCAACUGUGCAAUGAGGAUCCCCGUAAAUUCCCCUCUGAAGAUAAGUUGCAAAGACAACACCAAGAUAGCAACAUUCAGUGUAUUUACGUUACAAAGCCGUCUCAAUACUUCCAUGCAUUGCGCCGCAACAUUCAUCGUCAAUUCCGUAAGCCCUUGAUUGUCUUUUUCUCGAAAUCUUUGCUUCGUCAUCCUGUUGCUCGUUCUGACAUAGAAGAAUUCGGUGAAAACCGUGCCUUUAAGCUUAUUCUUGAAGAAGAAGAGCAUGGUACUAAGAUUCAAGCACCUGAAAAGAUUGAUCGUCUCGUUUUGUGCACAGGUCAAGUUUGGGUGGCUUUAUCAAAGGCUCGUGAUGACAAUAAGAUUGACAACGUUGCUUUCACUAGAAUUGAACAGUUGCAUCCUUUCGGGUGGAAACAAGUGGCUGAGAAUAUAUCUAAAUAUCCUAAUCUCAAGGAGAUUGUUUGGUGUCAAGAAGAACCUUUGAAUGCUGGUGCUUGGACUUACAUGGAACCUCGCAUCUACUCAAUUUUGGACCAUCUUGGUCGUAAACUUCCCGUUCGUUAUGCCGGUCGUGCUCCAUCUGCUAGUGUUGCCACUGGUAACAAGCAACAGCAUAUCUUAGAAACAGAGCAAUUUUUGAAUGAAGCUCUCUUUUAA